AUGUCGUCAGAUAAGAAGAAACCUUCACAUUUUAUCCCACCGUUAAAUUUUUCCCCUGUCAUAUCUACGGAUGUGUCAUUAUAUAGGUCAGGAUAUCCAAUGCCCAUAAAUUACCCAUUCAUUAGGGACCAACUGAACUUGAAGACCGUAAUUUAUAUAGGUGAUAAAAAGGACACACCAGCGGAGUAUUUGGACUUUCUUAAAGAUGAAAAAAUCAAAUUUUAUCAUAUACCUAUGGAAUCAUGUCGAGACAUUGGUAUCAAAGAAAGUAUGAAUGAUAUGUUGAAGUUGGUGCUGAAUUUUGAGAAUUAUCCGAUUUUAAUGCAUUCUAACAAGGGAAAGCACCGCGUUGGCGUUGCUGUGGGGAUUAUUAGGAAGUUUUUACAGGGCUGGUCUACUGCUGGGGUUUAUCAAGAGUAUGGUAUAUUUUCCGGAGGGUUGAAAGAUGAAGCAGAUCUAGAAUUUAUUACGAUGUUUGAGAGUCAGCUUGAAGUAAAUAAGAGUAAAGUUCCAGGGUUUGCUCAGAUAAAUUUUGAAAAAAAAGUGUAG